AUUGACUUCACCGGCGCUAGGUCCUUUUACAGCGUUACGUCACAAGCGGCGGGAUGUCGCGCAGGGCUGCCGACGGGCCGGGCUAAGCGGUGGUGGUGUGCAGCUGGCGGUGGAAGCGGCCAAUCAGAGGCGAGGCUGUGUCCCAGUUUGAUGAAAGACGACAUUUUUAAGCGGGUGAAAAAAAUAUUCCAGAGACCCAUAGAAUGUCGCGGGUACAUAAAGACUCCGCAUAUUUACUUAGGUCAUCAAAUGUACUGGAUACAAAAUGGAGGCUCCUCUUACUCCCCGCAACCAGCCAAUGGCAGCGCCCGGUUCACAUCGCGGAAGCAAUGGCGUCGAUGUCGUGAUCAGUCCUCACGCAAUAGCACCAGGCUGCUCCCUCCCUCCAGGCGUGUUUUGGUGCUGGAGCGCGGGUGUUUUCGCUGCAAUUCGCUACAAGAAGCUUGCUUGCUGGAAUUUAUAAUGCAGAAUCCAAUAGGCCUUGCUUGGUAACCCCGGCCUUCCCACACGCCCCUCUCUUAGUGUAGUCCGCCCCCGUUCACUUAUACAUGCCCAGUACCUAACUGUAUUCCAAUCCUCUUCCUCUUCCAUUCGUCAUCAAGCAGUCUUCAACCUUGCACUGCCCUAUCCUUAAUAAUACCUAACCUCGUUUCCCCGGAUUAUACAAGCACUGGUCCUCAAGAUCGAUAAAUAGCCACCACCACCCCCAUCUCACUUUCAACACACAAACAACAAGGUGGCUCGAUACGCAACACACAUACUCUUCUUCAUCCUCAUCGCCAUCCUCGCCAUCAUGAUGACUCAACGCACAGACUCUGCCGUCUCCUUCCUGGAAGACAAGCGUGACCAUGCCGACAUCGAGUCUGGCUAUGUCUCUGGUCACGACUCCGACUCCAACGUCCCCGUGAAGCCUAGCCCCGCCACGCCGCUCAUCUCCCUCUCCAAGGCACACAUCGAGUACCUCAACGACCAGAUGGAGCCUAUGCACCCCAUGGACAUCCUCCGCUUCUGCAAGAUCAUGUUCCCCAACCUCUACCAGUCUACUGCCUUUGGCCUCACUGGUCUCGCCACACUGGAUAUGCUCGCCAAGAUCCAGAACGAGAACCCUGGCUCCCGCCCCGUUGAGCUCAUCUUCCUCGACACUCUCUACCACUUCAACGAGACGUACGACCUCGUCGACCGCGUCAAGGAGAGAUACCCGGAGGUCCCCAUCAACAUCUUCAAGCCCGAGGGUGGCGAGACUGCUGAGCAGCUUGAGGAGACGUACGGCAAGGAAUUCUACCACAACGCCGGUGACAUGUACGAUUGGAUUGUCAAGGUUGAGCCUCUCGAGCGCGCCUAUGACACUCUCAAGGUCGCUGCUGUCCUCAACGGCCGCCGCAGAUCCCAGGGUGCUGCCCGUGGCUCCAUCCCCAUCAUCGAGCUUGAUGAGGAACGCAAUAUUGUCAAGAUCAACCCCUUGGCUGCCUGGUCCUUCAAGCAGGUCAAUGAUUACAUCAAGACCAACAACGUCCCUUACAAUGUCCUCCUUGACCGUGGCUACAAGUCCGUCGGUGACUGGCACUCUACUGCCCCCGUCAAGGAGGGUGAGGAUGAGCGUGCCGGCCGCUGGAAGGGCCAGUCCAAGACGGAGUGUGGUAUUCACAACAAGCAGUCCCGCUAUGCUCAGUUCCUCGUCGAGAAGAACCAGCAGAUCCCUCCCGUCUAAGGCUCGCUCUUGGGCUCGUAAUCAAAAUGGCGUUCGUUUGGGCUUCUUUCACGAUAUCAUGAUUUUUUUUCCGGCUUGCGGUAAUUACCGGCGAUGGUGGUCUUCUUUUCCCCUUCACAUGCACAUACAUUUGCUUCUGCACAUUUCAGCCUCAUUUUCUUCUCUUAUCAUGGCUCGGCGUUUUAUAUCUCACGUUUUUUUUUUGUAUUCUUCUUCAUGUUGCAAGAAGCAGCUGCCUCAUCAUGCACGAGCUUGGCAUCAUCUAGACAGCCGUUAUAGAAUAGCGUCUAUUUCUGAAUUCAAAAUAUGAAAAAAUGAAAUCACCAAAUGAAAUCGUAUCAUUGUGACCUCUCUGCGUAGCACUCGGCUCGGACGGCUUCAUGGCAUGACGUUGAUGUUG